AAAACACAACUCUAAAUUUUUUUGACACAAGCGUAUGUACAGACAAAAAAAUGUUAUGUGGUUUAAUUUUAGUUGUAAAUAUUUGUUGGUAGCGAUUUAUGUAGAAUGUGAUAGCGAUGGGUGGCUGUAUAGGUAUUACUAGAAGUGGCAGCGGGCACAUAGAGGAAUCUUCUGGGACAGUUUCUCGGCCUAAUUCGGGAGGCCUAAGGAAAAACCAAUCAUUAUGUCAUGAAACAAUCAGAUGGAAGUCAGACGUACCUCUCACAGAGGGUCAGCUACGUAGCAAAAGAGAUGAAUUUUGGGACACCGCUCCAGCAUUUGAUGGCAGAAAAGAGAUAUGGGAUGCUCUUAGAGCAGCCGCUGUAGCUGCUGAGGCUAUGGACUUCCAGUUGGCCCAAGCUAUUCUGGAUGGAGCUAGUGUUUCAGUGCCUAAUGGCUACCUCACAGAGUGCUAUGAUGAAUGGGGCACAAGAUAUCAGGUACCGAUAUACUGUUUGUCUCCACCGAUAAACAUGGUGAAAGAGGCAAGCGGGCGCGACUCCCCUGCGGAGUGGUCGGAGCCGGCGGAGGGCGGCGCGGAGGUCACCCUGAGACUGCGCCUCUCCAGCUCCUGCAGGGACGUGGAGCUGGCGGUCUGCUCGCGGCACACGGUCGCGCACUGCAAGAACAAGCUACACGCUCAAGAGAAUAUAGAACCGUGGAGACAACGGUGGUUCUACGGGGGCAAGCUGCUCGGCGACAGACUGCUGGUGGAGGAAGCGAAGAUCACUCCGGGGUACGUGGUGCAGGUCAUCGUCAGCACCGACCCUCAGCCUCCCAGCUAGUCGCCAGCCACACGCGACAUCUGCACGCAACCGGAAGAAAUCAUUUCCUGAAUCGCGCUAACAACAUUUACCUACUACAAUCAAGUUUGCAUUUAUUUAAACAAGUUCUCAAGAACUGAAAAGCUGG